UCACUGCUAACAGUUUUGAAUUUGUAUUGUUUUAAUAAAUUUUUAAAACAUAUUCAAAACUACUUUUAUUAUUACUUGUUUCUAGUUUAUUAGUAAAAGAUUUUGCUUAUAAAAGUAAUGUUAUCUAAAAGCAGUGGCACAUUAUUCUUAUUAUGUAUUUCUAUAGCUUUUACUUCGCAUCUCGUUUACAAAUAUUAUAGAAAAAAGAAGAAAAAUGAAAAACGUGAAAUUCACGAAGUUAUUAUUUUCUCAAGUGGCAUGGGCGAGUUGAAGAAAAGCAAAUACUCUCGUUGUAUGAUAACCGAAAGUAUGGACCGGUUGUUAUAUUACUUAAAUACACCUCAACAUACUGUAGACAUAUGUAUGUAUGUUCUGACUAAUAUAGAUAUAACAAAUGCAGUCCUAAAGCUGCAUUUUAGAGGUGUUAAGGUUAGAUUAAUAAUUGAUGCUGAUAUGGCAUUUUGUUCUGGUUCUAAUGUGAGAAGAUUUGAGAAGCAAGGGAUACCAGUACGUUGGAUGAAAUCAUGCAAUUUAAUGCACCAUAAAUUUGUUUUAAUUGAUACAUUAAGUGAAAAUGAUAACACAGUACCACUACUUAUAAUGGGGUCCUUAAAUUGGACGAAUCAAGCAUUGUGUGGUAAUUGGGAAGCUGUGGCGGUAACUUCACAGACAGAACUGGUGCGGCAGUACAGGGAAGAAUUUGAAAGACUCUGGAUAUUAUUUAAGCCUGUACUCCUUUGAAUAAUUGAUAUUAAUGAGGAAGGAUAGCAAUUAUAAUAUAGCAUGUAAGAGAACUAAUAUGGCAGACAUCCCACAUAUAUGUUACAAGUAACUUGUGAAGA